ACCUAGUUAGCUCUGCAAACAUAGCUUUAAAUCUGAGUGGCCACUAUUAAACAAACACUGCAUCUCUGCAACACCACACAUGUUCCUUGCAACCAGCUGUCUGUGUGGAGUGAACAGAUCAGACAUAACGAUAAUAACUCCAGCAAAUAUGACCACAUUGUGGUCAGGUAUUAUAUCAGUGUUGUGAAUGGCCUUUGAGUCAAGUACAUGGAUUACAACAAGCGGGCUGGUCUAGACCAAUGCUCGGCAUCAUUGGUGUAUUGUGUUUGCUGGAUGGCCUAUGACAGAUGUAUCAUUGGGGAAUAUGAUAUGAAUGAGAACAGAUUUUCAGCUGUGGUUGAACUUUUGACUUAACCAUUCCAAGUGGCAUUUAUUCCUUACUGCAUGCUUGAGGCAAUUGAUGAAGUCAAGAAGGGGUCUCAACCUGUGCAACAUCAACCUUACAACAUCCCAGCCCGCAUACCCAAUCCUCCCAACACCCCAGGAAUGCAAGAGGCACUUCUCCCUGCAGUCAACAUCCAGCAUCCAUGAGGUGACAAAGUCAAUUCCAUCUCCCAUCAGUCCAGUAGACUUGGACCUGCUCAAGCAUCAAGCUGUCAUCAGUGACAUCAUUAUUACCCCUGGCCACUGGAGGUAUUUCCAAGGGCUGUGACAGUGACUUGAUAAUUCUUUUGCCUUGGAAGAUGGAUCAGGAUCUAUCAACUGUCUUGGGAAUGCGAGAAGAAAUUCAUUCUUUAUAGAGGCCUUUGACAUCAUGUCACCAGAGUGAUACAGCAGUGACACUGACCCUGUCGCCAUGGCAGCGACACAGAGCCCCGUCGUCAAGCAAAUCGACAAACAGUUCCUGGUCUGUGGCAUCUGCCUAGAGCGAUACCACACCCCUAAAGUCCUACCCUGCCUACACACAUUCUGCCAGAAGUGCCUGCAGAACUACGUGCCGGCUGAGUCACUAACGCUCUCCUGUCCGCUCUGCCGACAACAAUCUAUUCUUCCCAUCGAGGGCGUGACCGGCUUACAAAACAACUUCUUCAUCACGAACCUGAUGGAGGUAUUAGAAGGUCCGGAUAGUAGUAGCGGAGACGAGGGAGCAAGCGGAGGGGACCAACCCUAUCGAGUGGUGCCUUGCUGUUCUAGUCAUGAGGGGGAGCCCUUGGAUUAUUACUGCGAUGAUUGCGAGACGGCUGUGUGCGGGGAAUGCACGAUGUCAGAGCAUGUGGAUCACCCUACAGUGCUUCUGAGUGACAUCAUUGAUGAACAUAAAGAAGUGCUGAGGAGUAUACUGGAUAAAGCAAAGGAUCAGAUUCCACGUCUGCAGGAUGCAAUAGAGCGAGUGACAAUCAUCAAUGGCAGUCUGGAAGACAAGAAGACCAAGGCAGAGACAGAGAUCCUGACUUCCUUUGACACUCUGGAACGAGGCAUCCAAGACAGAAAGGAGACAUUGAUUAAAGAACUGAAAUCCACUCACGAAUCCAAGCAAGAAGUUCUUCAGAAGCAACAGGAGGUGUUAGAGCAAGAGUUGCUGAGCAUCGAGCAUAAUUGUGACUUCACCGAGCAAGCGUUGAGGAGUGGGAAUGAGAUGCAGAUCUUGUUGGUCCGUAAGCAGAUGGGUCAGCGUCUUAGAGAGCUGACGGAACAGUGCACUCAGCUCCAGCCCCAGGAGAAUGAUUUCAUCAGCUUCAUCGGGGGUAUUGGAGAGAUGGAAAAGACGUUAGCAAACCUGGGAGUGAUACGCAGCAACAGCGCCGUAGCUCAUGAGACAGUGGCGGUUGGUGAGGGGCUAAAGCGGGCCUUCUGCGGGGAACAGAUGGUGGCUACAGUCACUACUAAGAACUACAAAGGGGUGCUAGUUACGACAGGAGACGCGGUGGUGACAGCUCAGCUGCAUUCAGGGGAUGGAGAGGUCCAUGCAAAAGUGAUUGAUAACAAGAAUGGUACUUACGAUGUUCUGUACAUGAUCCCAAGGGAGGGGUCCCAUCAAUUGAGUAUUAAACUCUUUGGACGACAUAUCAAGGGAAGUCCCUUCAAGUUACGUGUGAUGCGGGAGAGUAGCUCCUCAAGUCCUAAAUCCCCAACGAGUAAGAUCCCAAGAAGUAAUGUGAAACAACGUGCAAUGAGGAGACCGCAGAGCGCUGCUGGCUCGCUGAGAGUCUACCGCAAAACCAACCCCAUUGAGGAUGAUCUUGUGUUGAUUAUUGGUCAGAGAGGGCGCAACAAGGGGGAGUUUACGAAUCCCCAGGGCGUGGCUAGCACAGCGGCUAAUGGUGGGAGGAUUGUGGUUGCCGAUAGCAACAACCAAUGCGUGCAAGUCUUCACUAACAGCGGGGACUGCAAGCACAAGUUUGGCAUCCGUGGGCGUAGCAACGGUCAGAUGCAACGACCGACAGGAGUUGCCGUCACAGCCGCUGGUAACUACAUCGUCGCAGACUACGACAACAAGUGGGUCAACAUCUUCGGAGUGGAUGGGAAGUUCAUCAACAAGAUUGGAACGGGAAAGCUGAUUGGUCCAAAGGGUGUCUGUGUGGACGGCAACAACAACAUCAUCGUCGUUGACAACAAGUCCAGCUCCAUCCUGAUCUUCACAUCAACGGGGAAACUCCUCAACAAGUUCGGCUCUCGGGGCGCUGAGGAUCAACAACUCUGUGGUCCGCACUUCGUCGCUGUGAACAACAACAACCAGAUUGUUGUCUCUGACUUCCAUAACCACUGCAUCAAGAUCUUUGAGCAGGACGGUCAGCUAGUGAGCAUGUUCGGAUCCAGGGGUGAGGGUAACGGUCAGUUCAACGCUCCCACAGGCGUAGCUGCGGAUCUGAUUGGUAACAUCAUCGUGGCUGACUGGGGUAACAGCAGGAUUCAGGUCUUUGAUCACGCCGGCUCCUUCCUGUCCUACGUCAACACCACGGGUGAUCCGCUCUACGGCCCCCAGGACAUCGCUGUGACCAGCGACGGCUACGUAGCGGUAGCCGACUCCGGUAACCACUGCGUUAAGGUAUACAAGUACUUGCAGUAGAAGGUGCGCGAGUGUCCCUAUGUUCCAUGCAGAGGCCUGCUGGAUAUGCUGUGUAAUGGAAGCCCUGCAAGGAGUGGGGCAUGGCAGACGUAGACAAAUGAGCUGGUUAUGACAAAAAGUCCAAAACUCAAACAAGGAUAGUACCGCUGAAACUUUUCAGUCCUAUUCUGUCCCAGGUUAUGUCACACACACCUACAGAUCCAAGUGCGGAUGUUAAUCAAAAUUGUAUGAUGAAAGUUGACUUUGUGGAAAGUAUGUGGUACUUAAAUUGCAAAAAAAUGAAGUUAAGCUCCAAGAUGUUGCGAAGCUUAAAAUAUAAAAAACAAACUGAAGCAAUGUAAAAUUGCCGAUCACUCAUUGCAUACUCUUUCAGAUUGAUGCUUCGACGUAAAAAACAGAUUUUUUGAAUUAACAAAAAGAGGUUUUUGUACUGUUUGACAGAUUUACUGUGUGACACUGAAUGAUUCAGAGUACAUUGUUACUCAUAAAAUAAUCACAAUUUUUUCUGAUGAUCUGAAAGUAAAUUGUGAUAUAUUAGUGAUUUUAGAUUUCACUCAUAGAAACAAACUGUGCCACCGCAAGGGAAUUAGUAGAUUCCAUGCGUUAAGAAUACAAAAAUGAAAUAGUGAAAUAUGGAUAAUUUGUGUAAACAGGUGUAGCAUAGCCAGCUCAUUGUAACUUUGUGAAAAUACAAGAGCAAAAAUGGGAGGCAAGUUUAAGCCAGUCAUGUUUGCCGAUGUAUAGACAGCAUAAUGCAUCAUUGUAUAUUUACAUUUUAUGCAAAUGAUAUGCAAAUCACACAUUCACAAUUUGUGAAAAAUCUCAUGAAUUUUCAGUUCAAGAAUCAAAAUAUCUGCCAAAAUAUUGAAAAGCUCAAAAUAGUUCACAAGUUUGGCAUGGGAUGUUAAUUUUAUUUUUUAAUGCACCCUUUUUAUUUUGGACAUUUUUGUUCCAAUUUUGCCUGCAUACAGUUUUUGUACAAAAUGUACAUUUCUUUUCAGACAUUUGUACAGUACCUAAAGUCGUGCUUGCUGGAGUUAUUUUGUACUUUUUGGUUCAAAAAUGUCAUUCUUGUAUAUUUAUUUGUAUUAUAAAACAAAGAUGUAAUAUAUAUUUCUUUUAGCAUUGACUGGGAUGUAAAUACAUAUGUUUGUGUGCAGUAAUGGU